GAAUCCAUAGAAGCUUUAUAAGCCAUUAUACAAUGUACGUUACUCUGCAGUAUGGCUAAUAAAAUUAAACAGAAUCAUGUCUGGCUUCCCAGCCGACAGAUUGUCUGAUUCGCUCUUCUGGAUAUGUUUUAUUUGUUUUGCGCCAUCGGCGCAUUCAUUAUUCUUUCGACCGGUGCAAGUAACUUUGUUCGAAACCAAGACAUCUGUGGGCAAAACAACGGGCGACGACUUUAUUUGGAACUCGGGGAGCGAGGUAUUCUUUAUGCGAAGAAUGUUACGUUUGUCAAAAAUGCACCCAGACAACAAACAUCACGAGCUUACGUCACCAACAGUUCACACAAUCAGUGCAGUCUGGAACUCGUUUCUUGUCCAUCUUGUAUCAUCACCGUGACAUUUAAACACCUUGAACUGUCUCACCACUGUGGAGAUGGAAGUAUGACGAUAGACAACCCCUGCAGGUGCGAUUACGUCUGGAUCGCAGAACCUCCAUACGAAGAUGUAUCUGGUACACCGUUUUGCGGCUUGUACACACCUCUCACGUACAGAUCUAGCACGCGUACGUUAUCUAUCACUUUGUUGUACAGCAAAUCACACAAGCAUGCUUUUGCAAUGGAAUAUACAGCUGAGAGGAAUAGGUUACACUUGACAGGUGCUGAUAUAGUGACCGGAGUCGCAAAAACACUAAACAACACUGGUGGUGGUAUACUAACUUCACCAUUUUUUCCGGCGCGUUAUCCGAGGGAUUUAGGAAUGGAAUACAUAAUAACAUGUGCAGCAGAAGCUCCUUCUUGUCGAGUCAGGGUACUCUUUAGUGAUUUUCAACUCGCUACAGUUUCUAUCGUUGAGUUUUACGACUGGAAUGGACAGCGUCUGGAUGUUAGCAGCGGUGCUAGAUUUCGACCACCGGUUAUAGUCAGCUCUGGACCGUCACUUCUCAUAAGAUUUUAUGCGAAUGGAGGAACUGGUCUGGGCUACAAAGCAUUCUAUUCCUUUGUCAUUGGUCAUUUAUACGACAAGUCAAUACAACCCAUCACUGAUUGCGGAGGGUACGUUGAGAAUUUGGGCGGAGCCAUUACAAUGAUGGACAUGGUCAAUCAAGGAGCGAAGACCUACGAUUGUGUCUGGUUGAUCAGACCUCCAAAAAAUUUUCUCCACAUGAAAACUCAUAUGUACUUGAAGGUGGUCACCUUUGCUGACAUGGCUGGAACCACAGAACUGACGAUUAAGCAAGGACCCACAUCUGCACUUUCUCCUUUGGAGAUUCUUCGGCAUCCUGCGAGUCAGUUACAACCUCCUAGAUUAAGGGAGCACAUUGCCCCAGUUGCAAGCGGCUUUCAUGUUAGCCUGAGAGGAACUUUUGGUCCCACUUCUAGGCUCGCUAUAGCGUAUUCUGCGUUCAGUUACACAGGUAAAAAUAAAUUGUUCACAUCUGUACAUAUGUCUACUUUUUUUACAUCUACAUACUUAUUGUUGCUUGUACGAUUUUUAACAGAUUGUUUCACGGGAUCAGAUUUUCUGUGUCAAAACCACAGAUGCAUACCAAGUCAACUUAAUUGUGAUGGGUUCGAUCACUGCGGGGAUGACAGUGAUGAGCCGACAACUUGUUUCAGAAACUGGGGAAUAGAGCCACAAGAUGGAAAGUGGCACGUGAACAAGGCAAACUACUACUUUCCGAAGAUCGAUCGAUAUCCAGACCUGAAAACAGCUACUUUAGUAUUUGUAGCUAGCAGUCUUGGACUUAUCAUAUUAAUAUCUGCACUGAUUGUCUUACUUUAUAGAAUGGGUGCUCGUGCUCGUCAACAGAGAGAAUUACAGUCACGCUUGCAGACAAUUAGCGAGCUCCUAGUUUUUGAUAUUACAGAUGGAGCACGAAUUGACGAGAUCACUGUAUCAGAUGAUCCGCCAGUCUAUGAAGCUCCUCCAGGUUAUGACGAGGUUGUAAAGAUUGGACUGGAAUCAGAGGGUACUAGGCGCAAGCGAAAAAAGUCGUCCUACAGACAACCUCGCAGCAGAAGUACGCCGAAUCAACACUCCAAUGAUUUAGAAACACAGUCCACAUCUCUGCUAGUCCGGGAUGACGCAAGUAUAAGUAACUGCAGCCAAACUACGCCUGUGCUAAAUGAAAUCAGACAAUCAAUUCCCGAAAGUCCACCACCGGCGUACGUUACUCCACCAGGGACAACGCUUCGAAAUAUUUUAAUUCCUGUCACAGCUUCGCCAACAUUUUAUAACGAAGAGGGGGAAUACGUGACGAGUAUGGAAGGUAGCAGGGCUCGGUACUCAUGGAUUAACGAGACUAGCACAAAUGCAACUUCACUACCAGCAUCAGAGGAGCCACCAGCAGACGGACCCCCUUCGUCAUUGGAAGCGCAAACGCUUGGUGCGUAUCUGCAAUCUUACAUCACAGGAUUAACAGAAAAUUCUACUCUGCAGCAACUCAGCUCUCAAGAUGCAUCGAGGGACAUGAAUCCAGAAUACGAAGAAAAGUCAGAAGAAAGAGGAGAUGUCGUCAACAUUGAGCCAGAAAAUUGUGCAUGCGAAGGAGCCUGUGGAUGUGCAAUUAAUGAAUGCGAGGGUGCGAGAGAAGGUGAAAAAUUGUUGGACAUCACAUCUUCGAUCGAUGAGCCUCAAAGGGAUUUUUCGACUACGAGAAACGCAAUUAUCAAAUUAUUAGGAAGUUCUAACGGUACGAUGACAUCGUCAGGCAGAACCAACCUCAACUCGACCACAGUUUCAAAGUCUUCUACCCCAAAUUCAACUUUAGGAAGAGCCGCAGGUUUACCUGGUCUCAGAAGCCCGUCAAUAUGCUCCAAGGAUAGUUUCAUCACAAGAAUAUCAACUUUGAGCUCGAAAUACAGCAGUGAUGAACCACAUUAUGAAUUUGAUAUCGUCUCUGAAGUAACCAGUAUUGGAGCAAUGACGAACUUGAACACCGUGGCAAAUACUCCAAACUGUACUCCGCGAAUAACAAGCCCGGUUUCUUCCAGAGUUGGAAACCACAUCACCUGCGAUAUGGAAAGUCUGUACGAAAGCGUGAAAAUUCUUGAUUCAUUUCUACUUGCAAGAGGAAUACCUAUUCUUCAAAGCCGCAAUCACUCCACAGAAACUUUGCAUCAUGUGGGAUCGGAGUAUGGAACCUGUGGAAAUGGUGCUUCCGGUGAAUCGAGUAAUCGAAAUGUUACCGCUUCACGCGUUUGGCGCUCUACCGACGAUACCCUAAUUUCAUAAUUCUCGUACCCAGGGGGGAUACAUCUUAUAGGUACAAAGAUGAAUAACUUGGAAUUAUAGGUAGGUAAAUACCAAAAUGAAAAAGUAGAAGCAUUUGGAGGUGGAGAGAAUCGAAAUAGAAUAUUUUGACUAAAUGGCUGUGAUUCUGUGAGUGAUGAAAUGGGGAAUGGCACGAAUAAUAUUUACGUCUUUUAUGGAUCUUAGAUUAAUAUUUAUCAACCAUUUAACCAACGCGUUGUGAAAAAAAAAAUGAUUUUCAUUGAUUUUACGUGAUAAUAUGCUAACAAUUAUAUAUCGCGAUGUAGAAAAUAAUAAAUACCGUUAACUAUU